UUCUAAAUGUUUGUGAUGAGAGUUUUACUUUUCUCCAGGCGUUGAUGCUGAUGGUGGUGCUAGUUCUGCUGGAUCCGCCUGGAUCCCUGAUGCACAAGUGCAUUCAUGAUGAAGUCCAGGCUGGGGUCGAAGUGAUCCGAGGAGAGAGGUCACUUCACGAACCAAAGCUGGCGCAGGAGCCAAGAGCACGCCGUUCCACAAAACAGAGGGGCAUUGUGGGAAACUCUUUACCUCAACCAAUCACGAUAAAGACCUGGAUUCCCGUGGAGAGUGUUCGUCUAUCUGGGACGGAGAACAGGAGGCUGGAGGCAGCGGUGGAGGAGGCGGUGAGGACAGUGUCCUCCAUACUUUCAGUGAACAGAAGCAUGAACCCACUGCUGCUCAGCAGAGACUUCAGCAAAUACUGCAAGUUUGUGUGGAAGAAUUCCAGCUCUGUCAACCACAACAGGUGUGGGAAAGCCAACAGCUAUUACAGAAAUGAGACGUGUCUGGACGUGACGAUUCCAGACGAUCACUUGUCUGGGUGUGAAGUCUACCCCGAGGCGGACUCACCUCACAGGACUGUCCUCAGGCCUGAAGGUGCCGGACUCCCAGAUGUUGAUUUUGUGCUUUACCUCCAAAUUCGAGCCACAGACAAGUGCAGAGCAGAGCCUGUUUUGGCCUACGCCGUCCGCUGUCAGACGGACUGGAAUGGCCGUCCGGUGGCGGGGGCGGUGGUCGUCUGCAGAAACAGGCUAACAGGACAAAAAUACAGCCACCAAACUGCAGUACAGACUGUGAUUCACGAGUUGCUUCAUGUUCUGGGUUUCUCUAAAGAUCUCUUCAACACCUGGAAGGACUGCUCAUCUAAUCCAGUAGGUAAUCCAUGCUCCCCCCGAGGUAAAGUGACUCACUCCGAUGGGUCAGGCCAGACGAGGAUCUACUCCCCAUCUGUCAUUUCGGCCAUGCAGAAACACCUGCUGUCUUCUGAUCCGGAGCUGGGAGGACCGCUGGAGAAUUUGGAGGCAGCAGCAGAUGGAGCGUCCUCCCACUGGGAGUCCCGGGUCCUGCAGGGCUCCAUCAUGGGGGCCGUACUGGGAGAUUCCACUACUGUCCGGGUUGACCCAAUCACCUUGGCUGCAUUUCAGGAUACGGGGUGGUACGCAGUUGAUCUGAGGCGGGCACAGAGUUUAGUGUGGGGAGACGGUGAGGGGAAAUCUUUUGGCUCAACAAAAACAUGCAGAGACAAGUCCUCUUCUUUUUUCUGCACAGGAAGUGGAUUAGGGUGUCAUUUCCUUCAUCUCCACAAGGGGGAGUGCCAGACAGAUCCCUACUUGGAUGGAUGCAGAGUCUACAAACCCAUGAAAAACGGAAGUGAAUGCUGGAAACAAGAAAAUUCUCGGUGGUCCACUGAAUAUCCCUUCAGUGGAGAGAUAUUUGGUUUCGACAGCCGCUGCUUCUUCUCGAGCCUCAGCAGAGAGGAGGAUUCUGUCAGCUCUGUAGUGGGGCGCUGUUACAGACACAGGUGCACUGGAACCAACAGGUACCAGAUCCAGGUGUCUGGAUCCGGAUGGGUUGAUUGCCCGAAAGGAGGCGCUGUUCAGAUUAAAGGUUACCAGGGUUCUGUUUUCUGCCCAGACAAGAGGAUUUGUGUUUAUCCUGAUGUUUUUCCGCCCUUAAAAGACGACAACAUACCUUCUUCCUCUAUCAAGGGUGACUUUCUCGUGCGUAUCGCCUCACGUUCAGAGGUUGCAGUUGCUACAUCCCUCAGCGUCUUCGCUUCUUUGUGUUUGUUGGCAGCACUGCUGAUGCUCUACAGGAAAAUUAGAACUCAUUCAAACAGAAUCCGUACUGUGGAUCCCCAAGAGCUGUAGAAAAACUCACUUCAUAAACAUUUUGUUUUAUUUACAUUGAGUUGUAAAAUCUCAAUAAAAUUUCCAGAUUUGUUCAGUGUUCUUUAAAUAAACUUAUUUUUUUAUGCUGUGGCAGUAAAAUAUUAAUCCAUGUGGUUUUAAUACUAAAACCAAAGAGUUUUUUGUUAAAAACCAGCAGGAGCUGGUGGUCACGUUGCCUUCAGAUUGUAGGAAACUUCUGUUAAAUAUAGAAAAAUGCAAACAUGUAUUGAUAUGUUUUUGUCAUAUUUGAAUCAAAUUUUAAAACUAGCAAAUAUGAACAUUCAUAAUU